UCCCGAAGAGGCCUUCUGAGGAUGUUCUAGUAGAGAAGCACUGCUACUACGGUACGAAGUAGCUUCCCAACGUUUUCUGGUUCUGCGUGUCGCCAACCUCCGUUUAGUGGUCCUCAAAUACGUGCGGUGCCCGUGGGUUAUGGAUUCGCUGGCUCUGCAGGUUAGGCUUACCACCAGACUUGCCGAAUCUGGUGGGACGUACCAAAUUCUCAGAUGUCCGUCCAGAGGACCUGCGGUGGUUCCGUAUCGAAGAAGUAGUACUAUCAGGAACUACGUUAGGACGAUUUCUUGUAACACCAGACAGCAGUUCCUGGCACGUGACGUUCAUUUCCCAUCGACUGUACCGCGUUCCCGCCGACUAUCGAUUCUCCCUCGAGCUGCAAGCACAGGAUCUCAGACAACUACUGGUUCACAGGAGAAUGCCUCCGCGAAAGCCACGUGGCAGUCGCGGCUGAGCGGCGGAACGGCGGAACUCGACGCGCUGCUGGCGGAAGGCAAGGAGGAGGAGGCGCUCGCGCUGGUGAAACGGCUAGCCGGUAGCACCGGCGAAUCCAGUGAAACCAGCGAAUCUGUGGACGGUGUGGGGCCGCAGAAUGCGGAUGAGAAGGUUUUCAGAGCCUUCGGUGCGGCGUCGCAGGUUCCCCGCCGCUCGUACACCCUAGAGGAGCUGAAACUGCACAAGAUAGACCCUGCUCGCAUGCUGGCGCCGCGAGAUACCACCCUAGCGGGUGUGAGGCAGGGGGGUCAGCUGGCGCUGCUGGCAGGGCUGGUUGCCACGUGGUGGGGCGAACACCUGGACCAAUGGCAGCUGCUGGGGCUGGUCAUCGGGUUAUUGUUCAUCGGCACUGUAGACCAGGUGUCGACUGGUGGAGGUGGCGAGGCGCUACUGGUGGACACUUUGGGCCAUCUGCUGAACCCGACCUACCGCAAGCGAGUGGCUCUGCAUGAGGCGGGUCAUUUCCUCAUCUCCUACCUAGUGGGCAUCCCUCCACGCGGCUUCACUCUCUCCAGUUUGGACGCCUAUCAGCGCUACGGCGCUCUCAACGUGCAAGCAGGCACCACCUUCCUUGACCUCGACUUCCAGAAGCAAACAAGGACAUGGCAAAUCAAAUCUGAUAUGCUGGAUGCCGUUUCCUGUGUCGCUCUAGCUGGAGUGUGUGCCGAGUACCUGCAAUUUGGGAUCGCAGAGGGGGGUGUUGCUGACAUCCAACAGCUGGAUUUCUUGUAUCGAUCAUUGGGGUUUACCCAGAGGAAAUCAGACGAUGUGGUGCGCUGGGCGGUGUUGAAUGUGGCGACACUGCUGCGGCGCCAUAAAAGGCUACACGAAGAAUUGGCAGAUGUUAUGCUGAGUGGCGAGUCUGUUGGCCAAUGCAUUGCCCUCAUUGAAAAGAAGCUUGCUAAAUCAGAUCUGGUGUAAAGGAGGUUGUUUGUAGAGACAUGUGUUGAUGCAUAUGGAUAUGCUGAAGUUUUUUAUUAUGUAUUUAUUAUGUAGUGACUUCAUUGGGUGGA